AUGAACACCUUCAACGCCCCAAGUCGACUUCAUUCCUUUGGCGCAAACCAGGCGCUCUCCAUCUCUUCCUUCCCCCAUCUUGAACCUCUCUACCUUCGGUAUCUCAGCAUGAACGGAACGAGCUUUUUUAAGGGCGCUCACGGCUUUGUUGCCAGCAACAACAUAAUGAAUGCAGCAAACACCAUCAACAUCCAUACCAAUUAUCGGACGUACCAAUUUGCCUGCUCCGACGCACGGAGUCACGAAAUCGGCACACAUGCCUCAUGCCCCGAGGCGCGCCCCCCUGCUCAGUAUCUAAACGCCCCAGACAGUGCAGCGGUUCCCGCCUUAAUUGAAACGACUCCUUUCCUUUCAAGCGACAUCGCCGCCGCCGCCCAAAUCGCUCUCCUGAUUCACCAAUCUCUCAGCGAUAGCAAAGGGGCUCCGUAUGAGUUCAACCGCUUCGUCGACGAGCUACGUUCUUUCAGCGAUGCCUUGCUUUCGCUUUCCGAGAUAGUCCGUGAGAUUGAACUACAACCCCUUGGCCCAGUCACCAAGAAUAUCAUAUACGAAGCUGCGACUUGCCUCGAUUUCGUGACGAAGGUCAGAGAUGGUAUCGAACCAUACGAGACAGCUUUCGUGGCAGGGCGAGGUUCCUUCAGGAAAGUUUGGUACAAAAUCUGCUGGGGCGUUUUCAAGCCAAAGGAAGUUACGAUACUGCGGAAGAAGCUUUCUCAGCGUACACAGAAGAUCGCAAUCUGGGUGGGCGUGUUGGGAAUUUUCUUAACUUCCAAUCACGGCAAAACCGUCGCGUCGAUCGAGACAACAACAAAGGAGCUACUCAUGGUACAUAAAAAUAUAGCUCCAUCCAUUUCGUACGGCGUUGGGAAUACGGUGAUUUUGACGGAUGCAUUCGGGAAGCCGAUACCAUUGGCAAUGGACUACUAUUACUCGCCGGAGGCCCUUCAUAACUUUCUGAUGUUUCACUUCAAGGAGAAGAUCGGUCUGGAGUACGUCGAGAGACACGAGUACAGCAUCUCUACCGAGGACGGCAAAGCAAUUACGAAGUCUGAUUAUGCAGCAUGGGGAUCCAUUGUGAAAGAAGGCGCAGUACUUGUUAUGAGUAUUGUGAUUAGAAUACAACUGGAGUCAAAGCUUGCUGAACGGCAGAGAAACACUUGCCCCCGGUGUUUUAGGACUGACGUCGGUGUGAUGCAGGACCAAGAAUGGUUAGAGUGUCGGCGCUGUGGACGACGCUUUCGCUGGGUUGACAGGGAGGAGCAUGCAUUGAAAGCACCACCAAAGGAUCAAAGCAUAGUUGAUUUUCGGAAUCUCCAAGUGAUCCCAGUUCGAAUGAGUAAAUUGGAAUCUGUCUUCCUUUCCCAUUUCCAGGAUAGAGAUUCUGUCUUGCUUUCCCAUUUCCAGAUCAAAAGCUGUAUCCUGAUAGAUCAUCCAGGAUAUUUGGAUGCUUCUGUCUUGCUUUCCCAUUUCCAGGCUGUAUGUGAACUUGUUGAUUUGACUAUGACCAUUCCUCUGACCAUCUGUCUUGCUCUUAUACCCAGCCUCCUCAUGCUAUAUUCUUAUGUAUGUAUUCAAAUCCCAGAUCUUAAUUAG